AUGUCUACACUCAACACGACAGCAACAGACCUUGAUCGAGCCACUAUCCGGCUCAUCGCAAGCGACUAUGCCAUCCAUCAGACUGGAAAUAGAGAUUCAGAGGUUGUGGAGGAAGCCAGGGCCGACCUUGCGGUACAGUCCGAGGCGGAGCGGAUCGAUCCAACUACAGAGCCUCACCCCGGAGUUCCCGGGGUAACCAAUCCGACAUGGUGGCCGUCCACUCAACAUCGGCGGGUGCCAGACUAUGCUCCUAUCAACCACGAAUUGGUUCGUGAAGUCAGACCAGUCGGCGCAAAUCUCGUCAUAGGUGUACUGAUGUCGAUGACCUUCUCAGGUUGCAGCCUGAUCGCGAUGUAUGCAGCAAUAUGGAGGAACACUGGUGGUCGGGUGUUCGAUCGGGCGUUUCGAUAUGAGGUUGGAGGAGAAUUCUGA